AUGGUAAAAGUUCACAAUUACUUGCACAAGUUCCCAAAAGCAACAGGAUGCACCAAACAUUUCUUCCAAACACUCCCAGAAUUGUCUGAGAACUUCCGUGGAUGCCGGACCUGGACAAACCCCCCCGGACAACGCCCCCCGGACACGCCCCCUAGCACAAACCCCCUCCGGACACGCCCCCAGGACACGCCCCUAGACAAUCCCCUCCGCCACGCCCCCGGGACAGCCCCUAGACAAACCCCCUCCGGACACGCCCCCAGACACCCCCUAGACAAAACCCCCUCCGACACGCCCCAGGACACCCCCCAGACAAAACCCCGCUCGACACGCCCCCCAGGAUCCCACGCCACCCUCCGGACACGGCCCCUAGACAAAAACUCCCUCCGGAGCACGCCCCCGGACACCCCCUUAAUACAAGGCCCCUCCUCGGACAACGCCCCUCCGGACACGCCCGCUAGACUAAAACCCCUCCGGACCACGCCUCCCGACACCGGCCCCUAG